AUGCCAUUUGACAGCACAGAAUGUGUCAGUUAUAAAACAUGAAUCGGCUAUGAUAUACAUUGGUCACAAAGCUUACUGACAGGAGUAAGAUAUUUGUUAGUUUCACAGAAGUUACAGCUUUAGAAAUUACAGCUGAUUUGAAACAUCACCAGUGUGCCCAAUCUCAGAAAAAAUGCAGUCUUUUCUUUAUGCAGUCUUCUCUCUAGGCAAUGAAUUAUCCUGCUGCUCGGUAAGUUUCAGGUAAGGGAAAAUGUACUGCUACAACACAUUGUCAUGCCCAGCACAUGAUGAAACACCUUAGGAUCCUGGUUGGCAACCUCCCCCCCAGUCCGACGUGGUCCAGUCCCACCCUCCAGUAAUGGCCAUCCAUUUGCUGCAGCCAGGUCUUAUGUGGACAUCCCCUUGGCCUUUUCCAGCCGUUUGGGUACUCAGCAAUGAGGAUCCUGUGAGCCAAAUCACCUACCGUUAAACGUGCCACAUGGUCAUAGGGCCAUUACUGACGCUCCCUCAUAAUAUGGGAAACGAACCUCCUCCGGGAUUCCUCCAGCAAGCACUCAUCCGACACAAAGUCAAACCAGCGGUAUCCAAGCAUUCUCUGGAGACAGUGCCAGUGGGGUCCAGUCUUCAUCUCAGGUCACUGGUUGAAAUUUUUAUUAUUUUGCUGCCCCCUAUAUAUUUACACUACCCGUUUAAAAGGAAGUGGGCUCAUUAUUGGUUAAACUGAAAAGGCAAUAUUUUAAGGGAUCCAGUGCGAAGUUGUAGUUUUAUCUUAUAUUUACUGCACUUCAUGUAUUGGCCAAAAACUAGAACUCGAAAAUAUGUCCGUAAAUGCGGCAUUAAUUACGAGUUAAUACAGAGAAUUUCUAAAUAAAGUAUUUCAAACCGAAACUAAGGAGUCCAGGAAGUAGGACUUUGGAAACUCCAGGUUGCUGGCAAAAUCGGCCUGUGGUCCAAACUGCGUUAGACGUCGGACUUUGACUCCCCAUGGAAUGUAUCAAAGGUGAAAAGUGCUCCCUCCCCCAGCUCCUGCUUCACUGCUUGGAAGAAUGUACCGAGGCGGAGCUGAAGCGCUUCAAGUGGCAUCUCGUCCAACUCAAGCUGGACGACUUCGCUCCCAUUUCCAGGAGUCGCCUGGAAAAGAUGGACAUGUUGGACCUGGUUGAUGGGAUGUUGAUGACUUACUGCCCGGAGGGGGCUCUGAAGGUGGUGCUACACAUCUUAAAGAACAUGCAGCAGAAUGAGCUGGGUCGCAGGCUUCAGAGGGAAUCAUCACUACUCCUCUGCCAGCGUUGCCCAGACCAGAGCAUGGAGUCGGGGGAUUGUAGUAGUGACUCGGAGGACAGUGUCUACCUGGAUGCAGAGGAAGGAAACGCUGUUUCGGAAGUUGCGUGGGGGCAAGGUGUUUCUGAGGAGAGGGAGGAGCAGGGUCCUGUCACUGCCACGAGUCUCUCUGGGGAGCAGGAGGAGGAUGUCUGUCCAAAACAUGAGGAUGGGUGUGCUGCUUCCCAGACCAGUAUCUCUGAGGUGCGGGAGGAAGGUGCUACUGCUGAGAAAGAAGCAAAGAGGCUUCUUAUUGUCACAAGUGAAUGUGGGACACAAGAGGAUCUUCUCCAACAGCGGGAGGAAGAGAGACCUACCUUGAUCACAAGUCACUCUGCGGUGCAGAAGGAGGCUCUCAUACCAGUCACAGGGGAGUGUGGGAAACCAGAGGAAGGAGGUGCUACCUCUGCCUCCCACAGUGCAAGCUGUGGUGCAUCAUCAGAAGGAUUGGGGGGUGCUGGACCUGCACAGCAUGAUCCCUCUGAGGCGGGUGGGGUCGUCAUUCUUCAGAAUGAGAGUGCCCACAGAUCAAGGAAGCCGAGCACAGCUUUAGAGCUGCUGGCCGUGGAUCUCACAUUCAAGAUGGUGAAUCAAACUCUGCAGAAGCUGGUGUACAAGGAGCUGGAACGCUUCAAGAAGCGCAUGUUUCGCAAUUACCCAGAACUCUUUGAGCAGCAGCAGGACCAAAAUGUACAAGAUGUUGUUAAGGCAUUAAUGCAGGGUACCAACAAGCAUGAGGCUCUCAAUAUCGUCCUUCAGAACUUGAGGGCCAUCGGCCAGGAAGAGCUUGCCAAUUCCCUUGAGAAGGAGGCUGCUCUCCAAAAAUUCCAAGACGAGCUUCUGUUUAAGCUGAAGAGAGAAUUCAGACGUAUCUUUUAAGGAAGAACAUCAGAAGGGGUUCAUCUUGAAACUAUGAAGAAAGCGUCUGAAUUUUUUUAAUAAAUAAAAGUAUCAAAUACUAUAAAGUUAUUGAAAGGCAAUUUCUUUUUCACAAAAUACUAAAUGUAAAUGAUAAAAUGUGAAUGUAAAUAAAUCAAUUUUAUAUUAUUAAAGUAAGAAAAACAGAAAAUGGACAGUUACACACCAGUCCCAAGUCUGACACGCUAAGCAGCUGCUUGUUUGUCAGUUAUCUAUGUGCCAUUCGCUUGUUAAUCUGAAAUCUUUAUUGUCUAGAUUCUAUUUAAAAGAGCAUGCCACUCUUUGUAUCAUUAUGUUAUGUCUAUAGUGCAAAGGAGGAGAUGCGUGAUUACUGCUCAUAAUAAAAUCCGUUAAUAAGU